UGUAGAAAUAUCUAGAACACUAACGAAAUAAUACAAAUUAGCAAUGCAAUCCUUUAAUAAAGAUUAUUUAUAACCGAUUAAAUAGUAUGGGGAUAUAUGCAUAUAAGUAGAAAACAUCAAAGAUCAUCGGAAGAGUCUGCGUCUGAGUAUGGUGAAGAAGACGAAGACUUAUUAACUAGUUUUCAUGGAAAUAAGAGAAUCAAGCUCGAUAAUUUAUUCGAUGAUUUAUCAUUGAAAGAUAAUAAUAAUAAUCAUAAACCUACUGAUGAUGCAGAAAUACCAGAAUUAGUUGAAGAUGAUACUUUUAUUAGUGAAAAUAAAUAUAUUGUCAGUAAUAAAAUUCAAUCAUUUCAAUUUCUUAAAGAGUUAGAAGAAGAUGAUAACAUAAGUAGUUUAAAUCAAUAUUUUCUGAAUAAAUUAUAUGAAAAUUAUAAACAAUAUAUUAAUUCACAUUUAAAGGUAAUAAAGUGGUAUAACUUUAAAUUCUUAAUUGUUUAUGUUUUUCAAAAAUGGUGUGUUAAAUUAUUUAAUAAAUUUAUUAAGAAAUUUAAUCAACAAAAUAAUUCAAAAAUACCGAAAUUCUCGAGUUAUGAAAAAAUUAUUCGACUUAUUAGAGAAGGUAAGCUUACAAUUGAUGAUUAUUUUACAAUAUUGUUAAAUGAAAAUAACUUAGAUAUGAUAGAAUUGAAAAAGAGACAAGCUCGAAGACGUCAAAGAAUAGAAAUAGCUAAUUCAGUCGAAGAUAAUUUGGAUAUUAAAGAUAUAAAGUAUACAUAUUGGGAUAAUAUUAAAUUUGAUCCCGAUACUGAUAUGGAGAAAACUUAUCUUUCCGAUGAGCAGAUUAACAAUAAUUUUAAUAAUACUAGGAUGUUUACGAGAGAUAGUGAUAUGACUAUGACUAUGGAUACAGAUUCAGAAUUGGACAAAGAAAUGAAUAUUGAUAUGGACAUGGAUUUAGAUGCCAUAGAUUAAUAAAAGAAUAAAUGUUUGUAUAACCACUAUAUAUAUAGAUAAUGAAUGUAUGAGUAAAUUAAGUAAAACUGUG